AUGCCGGCACUAAGUAAUAAUAAUAAUCUAGGUGGUGUCUAUGUUUAUGUUAUUGGAGGUAGACUAACACCUCUUCAUCCAGAUAAAAUUCCUCCCCUCUCGAAUCUGGAAAAUUUCCCCUGCAUAGCAGCUCACACAGAUUCUGAAGAUAGCUUGGCUCAAAUAACAUGCAAGAUUAAGAGCUUGCCGAGAAAUCUGGGAUUAGAGCUUGCCUGGGGUCUACCUGCCAAAGGAUUAGAGCUUCUUACAAUGGAUCACCCAGACGUACUUUUUACAGAUAGAUAUAGUAUAGAAGAAGAGUAUAUUGAGGAUAUUGUAGAUAUAGUAUAGAAGAAGAGUAUAUUGAGGAUAUUGUAGAUAUAGUAUAGAAGAAGAGUAUAUUGAGGAUAUUGUAGAUAUAGUAUAGAAGAAGAGUAUAUUGAGGAUAUUGUAGAUAUAGUAUAGAAGAAGAGUAUAUUGAGGAUAUUGUAGAUAUAGUAUAGAAGAAGAGUAUAUUGAGGAUAUUGUAGAUAUAGUAUAGAAGAAGAGUAUAUUGAGGAUAUUGUAGAUAUAGUAUAGAAGAAGAGUAUAUUGAGGAUAUUGUAGAUAUAGUAUAGAAGAAGAGUAUAUUGAGGAUAUUGUAGAUAUAGUAUAGAAGAAGAGUAUAUUGAGGAUAUUGUAGAUAUAGUAUAGAAGAAGAGUAUAUUGAGGAUAUUGUAGAUAUAGUAUAGAAGAAGAGUAUAUUGAGGAUAUUGUAGAUAUAGUAUAGAAGAAGAGUAUAUUGAGGAUAUUGUAGAUAUAGUAUAGAAGAAGAGUAUAUUGAGGAUAUUGUAGAUAUAGUAUAGAAGAAGAGUAUAUUGAGGAUAUUGUAGAUAUAGUAUAGAAGAAGAGUAUAUUGAGGAUAUUGUAGAUAUAGUAUAGAAGAAGAGUAUAUUGAGGAUAUUGUAGAUAUAGUAUAGAAGAAGAGUAUAUUGAGGAUAUUGUAGAUAUAGUAUAGAAGAAGAGUAUAUUGAGGAUAUUGUAGAUAUAGUAUAGAAGAAGAGUAUAUUGAGGAUAUUGUAGAUAUAGUAUAGAAGAAGAGUAUAUUGAGGAUAUUGUAGAUAUAGUAUAGAAGAAGAGUAUAUUGAGGAUAUUGUAGAUAUAGUAUAGAAGAAGAGUAUAUUGAGGAUAUUGUAGAUAUAGUAUAGAAGAAGAGUAUAUUGAGGAUAUUGUAGAUAUAGUAUAGA